AUGUGUGAGGGGGGAGAGUCUGUGAGGGAGGGAGAGUGUGUGAGGAAGGAGAAUGUGUGAGGGAGGAGAGUGUGUGAGGGAGGGAGCGUGUGUGAGGGAGGAGAAUGUGUGAGGAGGGAGAGUCUGUGAGGGAGGGAGAGGUGUGAGAAGGAGAAGUGUGAGGGAGAGAGAGUGUGUGAGGGAGGGAGAGUCUGUGAGGGAGGAAGGGAGAGUCUGUGAGGGAGGGAGAGUGUGUGAGGGAGGGAGAGUGUGUGAGGGAUGGAGAGUGUGUGAGGGAGGGAGAGUCUGUGAGGGAGGGAGGGAGAGUGUGUGAGGAAGGGAGAGUGUGUGAGGGAGGGAGAGUGUGGGAAGGGAGGUGUGUGAGGGAGGGAGAGUGUGUGAGGGAGGGAGAGUGUGUGAGGGAUGGAUAGUGUGUGAGGGAUGGAUAGUGUGUGAGGGAUGGAGAGUCUGUGAGGGAUGGAGAGUGUGUGAGGGAUGGAUAGUCUGUUAGUCUCUGUGUUAAUUGAAGAGUAUAGAUUUCAUGCAGGGUUUCUCACUUACUGCCACAAUGACAUGCAGGUCAUUAUUCCUUCCUCCCUCCUCCAGCCAAUCACAGGUCAUUAUUCAUGGAUAUUCCUUCCUCCCUCCUCCAGCCAAGUCAGUGUGAAGUUAAUUCAAUAGGUGUUGUAUUCAGUAGAAGUGUGAAUAUCAGUGACAGGUUUUUUGUGUAGCACAUGCACAUAACAUUUAGAAAAGGGGAACAAGCGUAGGGGAACGGGGCGAACAGGACACUAGGCCACUGAAUUGUUCCCCCGUGGUGUCGUGAUACUACUCGGUAUCGUGAUACUUGCCCUGGUAUCGUAUCGUUAGUAAAAUAUUGUAAUCGUGACAACGCUACCUCACAAUAUGAAAUAGACAUGUACGCUUACCAUUCCUGUUUCUAACGUGUCUCUCUCUUUCUUCUCUGUCUAACCUGUGUCUCUCUUCUCUCUCCCCCCAGCGGAUGAUGGUUGUGGGGGUACGUUGCGAGGCCAGAGUGGUGUGAUCACCAGCCCCAACUACCCAGGGGAGUACAGCAACAACGCAGACUGUACCUGGACCGUCCUGGCUGAGCCUGGAGACACCAUCGCCCUGGUCUUCUCUGACUUCACACUGGAGGACGACUAUGACCUGCUGGAGGUCAGCGGCACGGACGGGUCCUCCCAGUGGUGAGUACCCAACCGAAGGGGACAUUUUAUGGAGAGGGGACGGGGAGAGGGUUGGGUAUGGUGGUUGAUGGUUGGUAAACUGCUGGAGGUAGGCAUGCUGAGGGGCACUGGAAGUGGUGGAUACCCAGUUUCUAUGUGGGGGAGGGAUUGGGAGAGCUGGUUGGUUGGUUGGUCAACUGGUGCUGGUUGGUUGGUUGGUCAACUGCUGGAGGUCAGCAGUGCAGAAAGGUCAUCCCAGUGGUGAGUACCCAGCCCAGGGGGACGUCUUGUGUGGAGCAGACGGGGAGAGGGUGGGGCUUGGUGCUGGUUAA